AUGUCUUUCCUUCAUAAUCAUUCUUGCGAGUGCGUUAAGUCAGAAUUGGAUUUGUUUGCACUACCGUCUACACAAACUAGCAUUGAAAAUGGAUUGUGGAUUCAUUAUAAACCAAUUUCAUCUCUUGGUGAUGAUGGACCUAUCGAGUUUCAAGUUCCUGGGACCGGCGAUGACUACAUAGAUUUGUCUCAUACAUUACUCCACAUAAAGGCAAAAGUAUUAAAUCAAGAUUCAACUAACUUGGUAUGUACUACAAUAGUAGCACCUGUAAAUAAUUGGCUGCAUUCACUUUUUAGUCAACUUGAUGUUUAUUUAAACCAAAAACUUGUAUCACCACCUAAUAAUACCUAUGCAUAUCGAGCAUACAUGGAAACCCUUUUAAACUAUGCCCCUGCUGCUAAACAAUCUCAUCUUACUUGUAGUCUUUGGUAUGAGGAUACAGCAGGAAAAAUGGAUUCUACAGAUGGUAAAAACAUAGGAUUUGUUAAAAGACAGGAAUUGAUUAGUGAAAGUAAGGAAAUAGAAAUGAUUGGUCAUCUUCACGGUGACAUUUUUAACCAAGAUAAAUUUUUAAUUAAUGGUGUUGAAAUGAGUGUUAAAUUGGUUCGAUCAAGAGAGAGUUUUAAUUUAAUUGUUGGGUCGAACGAUGUAAAGUUUAAAGUUUGCAUUACGGACGCAACUCUUAUUGUGCGACGAGCACGAAUUAAUCCAAGUGUAUUACUCGCACAUCAAAAAGUUUUAGCUUCUACCACUGCUAAAUAUCCUAUUACUCGAGCUGAAGUAAAAGUUUUAACAAUUCCUUCAGGUGUUCAAGGAAAAACUCUUGAUAAUAUAUUUUUAGGACAGGUACCGAAAAGAUGUAUAAUUGGAUUUGUGAACAAUUCUGCAUUUAAUGGUUCCCUUACUAAAAAUCCAUUUAACUUUGAAAACUAUGGUAUUAAUUCUUUCAGCUUAUAUAUUGAUGGUCAACAAAUACCUUCAAAAGCUUUGCAACCAUCUUUUAAUAAUAGCAUAUUUACAUCAGCAUAUCAUACUCUAUUCUCGGGAACUGGUAUUCACUUUCUUAAUGAAGGAAAUGGAAUCUCUUGUGAACAGUAUGGCAAAGGUUACUGUCUAUUAGCAUUUGACUUAACUCCUGAUUUAUCAGCUAACUCAUCAACUCAUUGGAAUCUCAUAAAGCAUGGUAGUGUAAGAAUAGAAGUACGAUUUGAAUCCUCAUUAAUACAAACAAUUAACUGUAUAGUUUAUGCUGAGUUUGAUAAUAUUAUUGAGAUAGAUAAAAACAGAAAUGUUACUGUAGACUAUAGUAGUUAA